AUGAGCAUGCUUUACACUCCGCUCGACUCGACGCGUGAAAUACGACUCCUGCGACUUCACUCGCGACACUCUUCUUCAACGAAGUCUUUAGUUCAAAUUGAGAAGAAUGUACCAAUCUAUUGCGACCUCUAUCCUGUUGCAGUCCGCGAAGCUAGGAACCAAGGUUACGAAGCACUGUCGUACACCUGGGGAACCCCAGAGGAGCCCCUAUCCAUACAGGUAAACGGGACAGAGGUGCCCGUAACAAGAAACCUCCAUGUCGCCUUGCAGCAUCUCCGCGGGGAGACGAGCGAAGUCGUUCUAUGGGUUGACGCCCUUUGCAUAAACCAGAUGGACGACGCGGAGAAGAUUGAGCAAGUCAACAUGAUGAGAGAAAUUUAUGCCUGUGCCAAAAGUACGAGAGUAUGGCUCGGGCCGGCAGACGAGACCAGCGACGAGAUCAUGGUCCAGCUUGCGCGGAUCGGGAAGACUGUCAUUGACCGUGGAGCAUUUGACCUCUUUAUCAGAAUGACUACUCUAUCCAUCAAGGAUCCAUCUGGUGCCGCGCAGGCUGAGGACCAAGUCACAAAGCUCGUUGAAGACAUGCUCGACAGAUCUCUCGCCCAGCUUGAGGACUCGUGUCGUCUCCUUACGGAAUUCUGCAAUCUCUUAUCGCGCCCCUAUUGGAGUCGUGUCUGGAUCUUGCAGGAGAUCGUCGUUUCUCGUAACGUCGAAGUGUACUGUGGCAAACGGAAAAUUGGAUUCGCAUUUCUGCAUGCCGCUAUGCUGUACCUUAUUUACAUGCAAACAUCUCUCUCUACUCAACUUGUGAAGCCACUAACAGCCUUAUUGGAAGCUUCAGCCGAUGGAAACUUCCCACCCGACUGCAAAUUAAAAGCACAAUUUGACUAUGUUAUCUCUAUCGAGAUACCGCCGUCCGCAAGUCUGGUUUCAGGAAUGCGACUACGAUAUCAUGACCCUGCUCAGGAGAACGGCGAGGCGAAACCUAUCCUCAUCCAACUUCUCGCUAGGACUCGUGUCGGGAGAGAGGCCACGGAUCCCAGGGACAGAAUUUGGGCACUUCUUGGAAUGGCGGCGGACACAGGGACUCUUCGCAUCACUCCAAACUACGCAGACACAAACUCAUGUACUGCCGUCUACUGCAACGCCACCCGUGCCAUGAUCGCUUCUGGCCACAUUGAUAUCCUCGCCUUCUCUCAAUGGAGCAAGAAAGACCCAAUGAUACCCUCGUGGGUCCCUGAUUGGCGAGAGGAGGUAAAGCAACCCUUUGGACAAUUGCCUUGGGAUACACCAUAUUCAGCAUCAGGCGCUGCAAAAUUUCUGAAACAUCUGGAUCAGAUUGUUCCAGUCUUGCACCUAAAAGUAAAUGGGUUCCUCGUCGACUCUAUCGAAUCACUAAGGCCCCAGUGCAAUAAUGGCGAAUGGCUAAGCAUGCAACAUCGCCACGAGGCCUGCAUAUACCUCCAAGAUAUAAUAUCUCUCUGCCAUAUUUCUGACGAGAAACUCGCGACAUCAGGUGUAGAAAUCUAUGCCAACCCUUCGGUCCGAGAAAGCGCAUACCAACGUGUUCCUGUGGCUGAUUUAUAUUCCACGGGGUUUGUUCGACGCGCCACGAUCGAUGAGUGUCACCUCGGCCACACAGAAGUCGUUACAGACUACAUACAAUGGAAAAAUCGUAGGCCGAGUACUGGAGCUCCGGUGACGAAUACGCUUAGAAGUUAUUAUAUUAUGAUGGGGCAACAAAUUGAGCGUAGACCGUUUGUGACUAUGAAAGGGUUUGUUGGACUUGCUCCUAAACAUGUAGAGGAAGGAGAUGUCAUUGUUAUCUUUCCCGGGGCCAAGUUUCCGUAUGUCUUAAGGAGAUGCGAUGAUGGAACGUAUGUAUUGGUUGGAGAAACGUUCGUUUAUGGUAUUAUGUACGGGGAGUUGGUGACCGAGGAUCGGGAGAUGGAAGAAUUUAUCUUAAAGUAG